UUCUCUCUCUCUGAUUGUGAUGCCAAAGCCAUGUCUGAUCCUCCCAAAACAUUAAAACCAUCAAACAUACCACCACUCAAAUCACCCAUCACCACCACUUCUUCAUCACCCGUAAUCCGAGAGCACCGCAAAGGCAACUGGACAAUCCAAGAAACACUCAUUCUAAUCACUGCAAAGAAGCUAGACGAAGAACGCCGAGUCAAACCCACCCAAACAACACCUGAUCCGACCAAACCACCAUGCAAACCCGGAAGCGAGCUCAGGUGGAAGUGGGUCGAGAACUAUUGCUGGAACCAUGGGUGUUUGAGGAGCCAAACCCAGUGCAAUGACAAAUGGGACAACCUCCUCAGAGAAUAUAAAAAAGUCCGAGACUACGAGUCCAAAUCCAACUCCUCUAACGAAUCGUUCCCAUCUUAUUGGGACUUAGAGAAGCAACAUAGAAAAGAUCGAAACUUGCCCUCUAAUAUGUCCUUUGAAGUCUUUCAAGCCCUCGACCAAGUCUUACAAAGAAGAUAUUCACAAACAAGUACACAACCAGCAGAGCCAGUAGUUUCUUUUGCUCGUUCUCCAGCUCCGGCGACUGAGGCGACAGUUCCUCCGGUGGUUUCAGAAGAGUCAGACUCGUCCGAGACAGAGUCGAGUGAAAUGCAUGACUCCAGUUCAAAACGCAGGAAAGUUAGAAGAAGAAGCAUUGGUUCGACCAUAAUGCGUAGCGCAUCGGUAUUGGCCCAAACAUUUCGAGACUGUGAGGAGAAGAAAGAGAAGAGGCACCAAGAAGUAAUGGAACUUGAACAACGAAGGCUUCAGAUUGAAGAAAAGCAAAAUGAAGUGAACAGCCAAGGAAUGACCAGUCUUGUAGCGGCCAUGACCAACCUUUCAGGUGCAAUUCAGUCACUCAUUUCGGCCAGCCAUGACAAUGUCAAUAUGUGACAUGAAACAUUUAUUUUAUGCUCAAAUUUAUUAUUUCCUAGAAUAGCCAUUCUUUCUUUGAAUUAAUUGGCAUCUUCAAAAUUAGAUUUAGUUAUAUCUAGGGAUUUUUUUUUUUUUUUAGAGGGGAUGUAUAAAUGGAAUCAUGGUUUCACAGGGUUACUUUUAAUUGUCUUUUAUAUGGUU